AUGGAUCCCCAGACAUUUGUGAGGCUCUCAGUCGGGCAGCUUGGCCUGAGGCUCCCCGGCGCAAGCGCCAGAAAGGCUUGCCACUGCGAGAUCCGGCUCCGAGGCUUCCCGGUUCAGUUAGCUCCGGUGCCUCUGGAAAAUUCUUCAGAGUUCCACCUUGACCCGCACGCCAACGCGGCGGUCUUCUCCCUGGACGAGCCCGGCCUCAAGGCGCUGCCGACGUCGAGGUGGUUCCGAGCCCCGGAGCCGCCGUGCCUCGAGAUCGUUGUGUACGCGAGCAGGCGCGACGGCGGCGGGCACUGCGUCGGGUUGAAGCGGCGGCUGGUCGGGGCGGUCAGGGUGGACGUCGGGCCGGAGUGGCGCGACGGCAAGCCUGUGCUGCUUCGCCACGGCUGGACGGGCAUCGGCAGGGCGGCGGAGCUGCACGUGCGAGUGAGGGUGGAGGCUGACCCUCGGUACGUGUUCCGGUUCGAGGACGAGGUCGCGCUGAACCCGCAGGUGGUGCAGCUCCAUGGCGGCGCCAGCCAGCCCAUCUUUAGCUGCAAGUUCAUCCGCGACGUGAGGCGGGCGUCGCAGCCGGAUCAUUUGGGCGGGCAGUACUGGUCGAGCUCCGGAAGCGGCGUGGAGAAGGAGAUGGAGAUGGCGGGGAGGAGGAGGGAGAGGAAGGGCUGGAAAGUGGCGAUCCACGACCUGUCCGGCUCCGCCGUGGCCGCGGCGUUCAUGGCCACGCCGUUCGUGCCGGCGACGGGCCGCGACACGGUGGCGCGGUCCAACCCAGGCGCGUGGCUCAUCGUCCGCGCCGACACGACGGGGUCGUCGGAGAGCUGGCAGCCGUGGGGCCGGCUGGAGGCGUGGCGGGAGUGCGCCGCGCCGGCGGGCGGCAAGGACGCCGUGUGCCUCCGGCUGCAUCUUCUCCCGGAGCGGCGGGACGCGUGCGUGCUCGUGUCCGAGACGCCUCUGAGCUGCGACAAGGGCGGGGAGUUCUCCAUCGACAUGGACAGACAGUCGGUCCUCCCGGAGGACGCGGUGGCGUCGGAGACGCCGUCGGCGUCGUCGUACUGCGCGGCGAGCAUGGGGGAGUCGUGCGCGGGCGGCGGGUUCGUGAUGAGCUGCAGCGUGCAGGGCGAGGCGGCGACGGGCAGCAGGCCGCCGCUGGUGCACCUCGCCGCGCGGCACGUCGUGUGCAUGGAAGACGCAGCCAUGUUCCUCGCGCUCGCGGCCGCCGUCGACCUCAGCGUCAAGGCGUGCCGGCCGUUCCGGAGCAGGACGGCGGCGGCCAAGAAGAAGACGGUCGCUGGCUCCUCUUCCCCCGAUCCCCUGGAGCUCGACACGUAG